AUGUAUCUUCAGUUUUACAUCAACGAUAACGGUGACAAAGUCUACACUACAAAGAAAGAGUCGCCAGUUGGGUUAGCUACUCAAUCCGCUCAUCCUGCCCGGUUUUCUCCUGAUGACAAAUUUUCAAGGCAGAGAAUUCUUUUGAAGAAGCGAUUUGGACUGUUACCAACCCAACAUGCAGCUCCAAAAUAUUGA